AAAUUGGCCCUUUCAUCAGAGAAACGAGAAAUCUAAGAAAGUAGCAAUGAAUAAAUUUCACUGCUUGUAAAUGUUUGACGAAAUUUCAAUUGAAUAGAAACUCAUUUUAAGGUUGAAUUCAUUUGUAGGUUGAGCCAGAACAAUCGUUCGAAGAAAUUGAACGUUAUCUCGGAUUUCUGAAUCAUAUUGAUGAAUAUUUUGAAUUUGAUUUAACAGCAAUAAUAAAAAUAUCAACAAAAAUUGUAUCAAGAUGAAGAUUUUUAUUCAAUUUUUCACUUAUUUGUUGCUUCUGUUGAUAUUCAAUGGAUUCAUUCAACCCAUUCACAUGUUCACUAAUGAAACGAGUGAAUAUAAUAUUAAACAAGCCGAAUUAUUAAAAAUUGGAUUCAAUCAUGUAUUUUGGGAUUUUGUUAAUUCAAAUGAUCUGGAACCACUUAAAGUAUCAUCAUCAUGUAUCAAAAGUUUAAAUAAUGUUUUUAAUUCAAUGAAGAAAGAUUAUCAAUGGACAUUGCAAUUGUUUGAUUCAUCAUCUAGGUUUAUUAUUGAUUCAACUGAAACUGGUUUCUAUGAUUUUGGUAAUUAUGAUAGAUGUUUAAGUCUUCACUGGAUCAAUGAUGAAACAAAGGAAAGUGAAUUUGGUCAACAUUGUACAAUAUCAAUUUUACCAAAGAUAUCCGAAUCAGAAUACUCUACAAAUAUAUUUACCAGGAAUAAAGUAAUGUCACGAUAUUACGAAGCAGUCUCAAGAUUGGUCUCUGCAUUCCUUCUUCUUGCUCUCAAGAUGAUAUUCAAAAUAUCUUUUCUAAAGUGUAUCUCUAUCAGAAUGUGGAUUGUCGAACCUAAAACUUAUUCGAUUAUUAUUCACUGAUUCAAAUGCAGUCGAUCGAUCACAUUGAUCUUUAAGCACAAAUUUUGUUUGAUCAAUCAUUCAUUAUUAGUUAAUAAGGGUUUAACCAUGGGUUACUAAAGUUUCAGUUGAACGUGUAAGGCCAGUGCAUUAACAUCGCGGCUAUUGAAGUUUUUGAUUGGCAGUAUGUAAAAACUGAUCAAUGUAAAAUUAAGACUACGUUGGUUAAAAAUAUCAUAAAUGCUAAGGGAUAUCAACAAUUAUCAUUAGCUUUUUUGACUAUGAUUGUUGUUAUAAAUUUAUAUGCAACUUGGUUGGAUUGGUCAGUGAAAUCUAGAGGUUGGACUCGACAUUUCUCUCUAAUUCGUAAUUACAAUGGAUUCAUCAAUCCUGUCUCAACAUCAAGAAUGACUUUUUUAACCAAGUUUCAACUGGUAGUUCAUUCUUCAACUUUAACUGUCCAUCUAUUAGUUUGGUUCAUCUGUUGCAAAGGAUGGGGACUUUUUGCCAAUUCAAACUCUAUCAUGAAAAACCGUAACAGCUUUCUGCUGAAAAGUGGGUUAUCUGAUUGGUUUGCAAGUAUGAUUUUUGUUUAUGGAUCGAUAGCUCGCACACUGGGAUACUGGAAGUUCAUUGGACCAUCAACCUCUUUGAUUUCAUCUUUUACUAACAUGUUCAUCAAGAUGCUCGGAAUUAUGCUGACUAUUCUUCCCCUGGCCGCUUUCACCUUCAUCACUCCAUUGUUUUUUGAUGGUCCUGUCAUGUCAAUAUUCAGUGAUUAUACUGCAGAAGCUUGUUUAAGAUCAUUUGGAGCAAACUUUUUAUUUAUACAAAACAAUUAUCGUCCCAUAAUCGAUAUGUGUUUACCACAAACUUGGUCUGUUGCUGUUGAAUUUCAAAUUUUACCUGUGAUCAUUUUAUUGGUUCAUCUUUACAAAAGAUCUCCAAAACUUGCUGUUAUCAUUAACUCAUUAAUAGUAAUAGCUGGAUUAUUAUAUACUGGUAUCUCUGCAUUCAUCAAAGAUUCUCAUCCUCACCCGAUAAUCCGUUCAUUGGAUGUGAGGCCAGUGACCCAUUGGUUUGAGAACGUUUAUUUGCAAACUCCGAUGAUUGUUUGGCUCUACACUCUCGCUCCUUUAGGGACAUAUUUCAUUAUGAAUAAGUAUGAAAAAUCAAAUCCAAUUUUGAUCAAGUUUACUAGUUGUAAUAAACUACUUGCUGCUUUGCUAUUAACAUUACACAUUUUACCAUCGUUUUGGGUUCUUCUGGAAAAUCAUGUCCAUCCACCGUUUUUGAACUUUAUUUAUUUCAUCUUCUAUCGACUUUGCACUGGGGCUGUAUUCACAUUUCCUUUUAUGUGCAAUUCCGAUUCAUUGCGAGAAUUUUUUUCUCAUCCGUUGGACAAAGAAAUUUUUAAUGAAAACAACAAUUGCAUCAAUAAUAGUUUUGAACCAAGUUCUGAAAAGGAGAUUGACCAAGUCGUUCAGACGGAUGAGGACAAUGCAGUCACACAAUUUAGUAAAAAGAUUUCUUCUGGACAGAAGAAUCGUUUGCUCCACUUUUGCUCAACACUCUGGCGAUCCGUAUACUAUGUGCAUUUAAGCAUGAUUAUAUUACGAUAUUCAAUACAGCGUUGGUCACUCAAUUCAGUAGAAGCAUUUUUUUCAAUAAUUAUUGACUGUGUAGCUCUAACUUUUUUCGCAGCAUUUUUCUUUCAGCUAUUUGUUGUCGGUCCAGUUACCAGUUUCAUUGAAACUAUUAUUAUAAAGUUAAAGCCACAGUUGAAACUUAAAGCAAAAUAAUCAAAGGUAACUAAUGCACACAAUGCAAUUGAUUUGUGCGUGAGUUUGUCUGUGAUCAAUAAAAUACAAUAAAUUAUUUUUCAAACUAUUCAA